CUACAGUAGGGCUUUGUGUAUGUGAUGUUAGAAUGAUUGUAUGUACUAACUUCCUCAGAAAGGACUCAUGGUAGUAGAGUCAGUAGUGGUUGUGAUGGGAGAGCCAUCCUGAGAAAUUAGUUUUUAGGACCUUUAGAUGACGAUUUGUAUGCAGAAGAUUUUUACUUGUUGGAAAAGAUAACAUUUAGUAAUUUAGGAGAGAAAAUUAAAGACAUUGUUGAAAAUAUGGGAAUCAACUCAAAUAACACGAGUGACUUUAUUAUGAAAGUUGAUGCCCUUAUGUCCUCUUUGCCUAAGCGUGCAUCUCGAUAUGAUGUCACAUUUCUUAGGGAGAAUCACAGUGUUAUAAAGAUGAAUCCUCAAGAGAGUGAUAUGUUCUUCGAUGUCAUUGCUAUUGUUGAUCCAUUGACAAGAGAAGCACAGAAAAUGGCACAAUUAUUGGUUGUACUUGGCAAGAUUAUCAACAUGAAGAUAAAGUUGUUCAUGAACUGUAGGGGCAGGCUUUCAGAAGCCCCUUUAGAGAGCUUUUAUCGUUUUGUUCUGGAACCGGAACUGAUGUCAGGGGCUAAUGAUGUUUCUUCUCUGGGACCAGUGGCAAAAUUUUUGGAUAUUCCUGAAUCACCCCUCCUAACCCUCAACAUGAUUACUCCAGAAGGCUGGUUGGUUGAAACAGUACACAGCAACUGUGACCUUGAUAAUAUUCACUUAAAGAAUACUGAGAAAACUGUUACAGCAGAAUAUGAACUAGAAUACUUACUACUCGAAGGACAUUGCUUUGAUAAAGUGACAGAACAGCCUCCUUGGGGUCUGCAGUUAACACUAGGCACAAAAAAUAAACCAGCUGUGGUUGAUACAAUAGUGAUGGCCAGUCAUGUAAGUAUUAUUUAAUUGAUGAUAUUUAAUUUGAUGUUUUGGUGAAAUUCUCUGUUUUCCUAAGAGUAAAAUGAAAUAAUAUUUAUUCUGCUGUUGCUGAACAGUUUGCAGAAAACAAAAUUGAAUCUUUGAAUAAGAUAAAUAAAACAAAAAUGGGGAAAAUCAUACUUUCGUAAUAUUCUUUUAACAGGUUAUUAUAAAAUCUCUUUACUUGGAAUUGAUUUAUAGAAUUUAUUCAUUCUACAGUUAGUAAAUACUUUCUUGGAUCAUUCAUGUAUUCAUGAACAAUUAGAUGGUUUUUAGUCAUAUUACUCAAUGAUUAUUUUUUUCUCAUCUUAAAAGGGGUAUUUUCAAUUAAAAGCAAACCCAGGUGCUUGGAUACUGAGGUUACACCAAGGAAAAUCUGAAGAUAUUUAUCAAAUAAUUGG